AUGAGCACGCAGGGCCCGCCCGCCGACGCGAAGCAGGCGCAGGCCGCCGCGCUGCAUGAGAUCGAGGCGGCGCAGCGCCGCAAGCGUGCCCUCGAGGUCAACCUUGCGACGAUCGAGGCGACGAUUUGGGCGCAGGAGGCAAGCUACCUCGAAGAGACGGCGGCCAGCGGCGGCAACAUCAUCAAGGUGGGAUGCGGCGCGCUGCGGCGAGGGUCAAGGAGGGGUGAUGCGUGGAGGCGGAUGUGCGAUUUGCCACCCACCAAACACCUCGUCGCGCCUUCCCUCUGCCCGGGUCUUCUGAUCUUUCAAGUCACGGACGGAGCACUGACCCCAGGGCUUCGAGAACUACCUCAAGGCGCCGACGGUGACGUCGCACCAUCGCAAGCGGAACGAGACGACCGAGGACGACAAGCUCUUCUCGGGCAGCAGCACGACGUUUACCCAGGUGAGAUGAUGCCGCGGGGGCGCUGA